AUGAAUUCAGAAUAACUCUUGGUUAAACUAAUCAUGUACCUUAAUCCUAUGUUUUGGUAUAAAUUCUAUUUCUAUGAAACCAUUUUUAUUGUUACCAUACUUAUCUUUGCUUUCUAAUAUAUUAAAGGAUCAAAGUUUAAUAAAAGAUUAGCCGGAAUUCAUAUGAAUUUGAUUAGCAUAGAGCUAGAGAAAUAUUUUAAAAAUGUUGGAGAUAAAGAAUAAAAUAUUCUCUAUGAAUAAGAUAAUCCUCAUACUUAUAAAUUGUAUGCUUCAAAUCAUUCUACAAUGAAAUUUUGUUUAGUUGGUUUAUAUGUAUAGUUAUUAAUUAAUAAUUAGCUUCAUAGAAGAGAAAAUUUGUUUAAUUAUUAUGGUUAUCAAUUUGUAUUCCCUUCCAAAGAAAGAUUAGUUAUUGAAAUAGGUGUGUAACCAUAAUUUAGAUAAUAUAUCUGUUUUGGAAUUGUUAAAUAAAACUAAAUUAAAAGAAUUAGAUAAGAAGGUUAUGAAGAUCUAAAGAACAUUUGUCAUGUAACUUUAUUAAAUAUAUCUAGAGACUCUUACAAUACCAGAAUUAGAUAAUUCCCUUUAAAUCUUAACAGAAUAUGAUGAAAUUGCCUUAUCAAUUUGUACACCUGAAAUCAUUUAACUACUCAAUGAGAAUCAAAAAUUUAUUCACAUUAUUUAUAUCUCUGAUGUUGAUAGAGAUCCUGCAUGGUAUUAUUAUUAUAUAUUUAUCUAAGCAAAAUAUGUGUCAAGGUUAUGACUAAUUUAAAUACCAAUCCUAAUUAUAAUAAUUUAGUCUCAUUAGUUGUUUAAUUAGCCUUACAAAUUGCUUCAAUUAAAAUGGAUUUGAAAGUACUCUUUUUUUCAUUUAUUAGAAAAUUAAUAAAGCUGGCUAAACACGUAGAAAAUUCAAUUCUAAAUUUAAAGAUUGAUUUAUUUCUGUAUAUUCAUAG